GUCCCUGAAUGUACGCCCUCUCUCCUCAAUCCUCAUUUACUAUUUUGACGGGCUCAACUGCUCAAGUCCCCCCCAAAGAGAAACUACAUCUGAAUUUCAUCGGCGUUGCUCCGACUCCCGGCAGGCCUGCACGGUGGGUGGAGGCUGGCGGCAGAGCCAUCAUCCCACGCAGCCACGCUCUCACACUCUCGGCUUGUGGCUACCCAGACAUACUGCAACAGCUUCUUUUCUCUUUGCUUGGGUUUUCUAGUUGGUACACUAUUAAUCCCCUACAGAGGAGAUGAGAAUUGUUGGACUAACAGGUGGGAUUGCAUCUGGGAAGAGCACUGUUUCCAACCUCUUCAAAGCUCAAGGCAUUCCCGUCGUAGAUGCUGAUGUGGUUGCUCGGGAUGCAUUGAAGAAAGGCACAGGUGGAUGGAAGAAGGUUGUGGAAGCAUUUGGGGAUGACAUUCUACAACCUGAUGGAGAAGUGGAUAGACCUGCGCUGGGACGUAUAGUAUUCUCCAAUCCUGAUAAGCGUCAACUACUUAACCGGCUUUUGGCACCUUUUAUUUCCUCUGGCAUCCUCCAAGAAAUACUGAAGCUGUGGUUAAAGGGACACAAGGUGAUUGUUCUUGACGUCCCACUGUUGUUUGAGGCCAAAAUGGACAAAUGGACUAAGCCUAUCAUCACUGUAUGGGUUGAUCGCGAAACACAGCUAAAGAGAUUGGUUUCAAGAGAUGGAAUAAACGAUGAGGAAGCUAAUAACAAAAUAAAUGCUCAGAUGUCCCUGGAUUCCAAGAGGAGCAAAGCGGACAUUGUGAUUGAUAAUACUGGAUCAUUAGAUGAGUUGAAAGUACAAUUUCAGAAUGUAUUGCAUGUAGUCACCCGGCCUUUAACAUGGAGUGAAUUCAUGCUUUCUAGGCAAGGAGCUUUUUCCGCGUUUGCUUUUGUUGUUUUAGGUGUUCUUGUGGCUAAAAACUUAUUCAAAUGCGAUGCAUCAUAGCCUUGCAGGUUACUGUAGGAAUUUGAGAAGAGUUUCUGGUUGGUGUUGCAAGAAAUUUCUAUAUAUAAUACGAAUUCUUUUCUUUCUGCUUUUAUCCUCUUGAUGAUGAUAACUAAA